AAAGCUUAAGGUACCCAAACCUUCUCUCUCUCGCUCUCUCUCUCCACUUCCAUGUAUUUGAUCAAUUUUCUUAGAUCGACGAUUCUAGAUCCUUCAGAUCUGUAAAUCUCCUUUCGAAUUUGGUUUCGUGUUCACUAAUUCUCUACAAAAUCGACGGAUCUGUUCUCGAUUCAUUGUAUCAUCGUUUAGAUCUUGUUUUGUGCUCAGAUCUAAUUUCAAAUUUUUUCAUGUGAACAGGUUUUUCUUUCAUUAAUAUUUGAAUUCGAACGAAAAAGAUGAAUCACUUUGCGGUUCAACCAAACGCUUUCGCUGCCGGCGGAGAUUUGAGAAGCAGCUCCGUUUCUGUUGUUGAAAGAGAUCAAACCACCGUCGUUUGUCCAAAACCACGUCGUAUUGGUCUCCGUAACAACCACCAUCCUUCUCGAUCUCUCCGAUGUUACUUCAGUCACCAAUUGGAGCUAUGUGAAUCCAAAGCAGAGACUGAUAUUUUAGAUAUCAUACUCACCAAGGAUGGUUAUGGUGCAGAACAAGUUCAUAAGCAGGUAAUAGACUCGCCGUCCCCGUUUUUAUGUGGGUCGCCGCCGAGUAGAGUCGCUAACCCAAUAACACAGGAUGCUCGAUUUCGAGAUGAGAUUGUGUCGGUUUCUUCAGUGAUUCCGCCUCAGUUGGGUUUACCUCCUUCAUCAUCUCCUUCUUCUUCCUCUGGGAGGAAAGGAGGAUGUGUUGUUAGAGGCAAUUUUGGUAACAGCCCAAAGGUUAGGAUCGAAGGGUUUGAUUGUCUUGACAGGGAUAGCAGAAACUGCAGCAUCCCUGCCUUGGCUUAGAAACUGAACCCGAACGAACCCUUUUAGGAUUUUCAUACAUACUCUUUUGAGUUAACUCACAAGAACCCAAUUAGUGCGUCGUAAAUAUAAGUGUUAAGGAGAU